AUGAGUCUAAGACCAGAAGGUGAAGUAGAUGCUCUGACAGAAGAUAUCAGUAAUUUCAGCUUUGAUCAAGGUGGAGGCCAAAGUUUCAAGAAUCCAUUAAGGACAACUAUGCUACCAACUACACCAUUAAGGAAUAAAGAGAAUGGAUACAAUACCGGUGGUGGCGGUUCACCAUCACCUACUAAAUCUACUGUUUUUUUGGCAGACGAUUCGUCAACAAUGGAUAUUGAUGAACCAACAAGAGAAACAAUUGAUCCGACAAAUUCUCCCAAAAAGUUACCGCGGGGAUUUCAUGAGAAGGCCAGUUCUCAUAAGACUCAGAGAUUGGUUAGCGUUUGUCAAAUGUUCUUUCUCGACUAUUACUGUGACAUGUUUGAUUAUGUGAUUAGUAGAAGACAACGUACCAGAAAAGUCUUGGAAUAUUUGUCACAGCAAAAGGCAUUGAAGAAUGUUAGCAAUGAUACAUUGAACGGUGAAUGGACUGGAUAUGUACACAAGGAGCAUGAAAUUUUAAGGAAACGUAGAUUGAAACCAAAACACAAAGAUUUUGAAAUGAUUACUCAAGUGGGUCAAGGUGGAUAUGGUCAAGUUUAUUUAGCAAGGAAAAAGGAUACCAAGGAAGUUUGUGCAUUAAAGAUUUUAAACAAGAAACUGUUAUUUAAAUUGAAUGAAACCAAUCACGUUUUAACUGAAAGAGACAUUUUAACAACAACGAGAUCUGAAUGGUUGGUAAAACUUUUAUACGCAUUUCAAGAUGUUGAGAGUCUUUUCUUAGCUAUGGAAUUUGUCCCGGGUGGUGAUUUCCGUACGCUUUUAAUUAAUACCAGAUACUUGAAAAGUGCACAUGCAAGAUUUUACAUCAGUGAAAUGUUUUGUGCAGUUAAUUCAUUACACGAAUUGGGAUAUACGCAUAGAGAUUUGAAACCAGAAAAUUUCCUAAUAGAUGCGAAAGGUCAUAUAAAAUUGACAGACUUCGGAUUAGCCGCUGGUACAGUUUCCAAUGAGAGAAUUGAAAGUAUGAAGAUAAGAUUAGAGGAAGUUAAGAAUUUAGAAUUUCCAGCAUUUACCGAAAAGUCAAUGGAAGAUAGAAGAAACAUGUAUCACAGGCUAAGGCAAACCGAAAUCAACUAUGCAAAUUCUAUGGUUGGUUCACCAGAUUACAUGGCAUUAGAAGUAUUGGAAGGUAAAAAAUACGAUUUUACAGUGGAUUAUUGGUCAUUGGGUUGUAUGUUAUUUGAAUCGUUGGUCGGUUAUACCCCAUUUAGUGGAUCAUCUACAAAUGAAACUUAUGAAAACUUAAGACAUUGGAAACAAACACUGAGAAGACCUCGUCUGGAGAAUGGUAAAGCUGCAUUUUCUGAUAGAACUUGGGAUAUCAUUACAAGACUAGUGGCAGAUCCAAUAAAUAGACUAAGAUCCUUUGAGCAUGUCAGGAGAAUGUCCUAUUUUGCGGAAAUUAAUUUCGAUACUUUAAGAAAUAUGUCACCACCUUUCACCCCACAAUUGGAUAGCGAUACCGAUGCGGGCUAUUUCGAUGAUUUCACCAACGAAGCUGACAUGGCAAAAUAUGCAGAUGUCUUUAGAAGACAAAACAAAUUAUCCGCCAUGGUGGAUGAUGCCUCUGUAGAUUCCAAAUUGGUUGGAUUUACUUUCAGGCAUAGAAAUGGUAAGCAUGGAUCCAGUGGUGUUCUUUACCACGGUUCUGAACAUUCUGAUCCGUUCGCUACCUUCUAUUAA